GCCGUCCCGUCCGUCAGCGGCUUCGGCGGCUACUCGGGAUGUGAUGGUUACUACGACGGCACGUUUUGUCCCGCCCCUGACGGUACAUGGCCUCAGUUUGGGGUUGACGGUCUUUUCGGCCCCUGUCAUUACUACUUCGAAUGUGUUGGUGGAGAGGUUACAACGUGGUAUGGGGGAUGCCCGGAGGAAAAACCGUUUUUCGAUCCCGACACUUUAGAAUGUGUCGAAUAUACUGGCCAAGAAUGUCCAUGUCCUUGA